UCGUUUGAUUCAAGUCUACUAAAUAAAACUGGCCGGGAUAGUGUUGUUUAUGCGCUGUUUCCAGGUGUGCGGCUCCAAGGUACCAUUAUUCACGCCAUGGCUCAGAACCAGGUGAUCCUCCAGUUCCGCUUUGCCACAUUCGGGGACUCCAUGCUACAGAAGAUGAACCUCCUGCGUCACCAGAGGCGCUUCUGUGAUGUCAUUGUGCGAAUCAAUGAGCUGGAGGUGCCGGGUCACAAGGUGGUCUUUGCUGCAGGUUCUUCCUUUUUGAGGGACCAGUUUAUCCUUCAGCAGGAUUCCAGGGAUGUCCAGAUCUCCAUGAUCCAGGAGGCGGAGGUGGGCCAGCAGCUGCUGUUGUCCUGUUACACAGGCCAGCUGGAGUUCCCAGAGCUGGAACUGGUUCACUACCUGACAGUGGCCAGCUUUCUCCAGAUGGGCCAUAUUGUGGAGCAGUGCACCCAGGCCCUCAGCAAGUUCAUCAAACCUCAGCCUCCCCGCCAGCUCGAGGAGGAGGUGGAUAUGGACAGGGAGAGGAGGGAGAGCUUGUCCUCUCAGCCCCAUAGAGAAAAGGAAUGCUCUCAGACUGUUCAGCAGGAGGAGGGACUGGUGGAGCAGGUGGAUGAUGAUGAUGGCGAUGAUGACGAUGAUGAUGAUGUGAUUAUACAGCCUAAGACUCCUCUCAAGACUGGCCAAAGCAGACUUGCUCAACAGGUUUCAGUGGAAAGUGACAUCACCAUAGUUAAGGUGGAGUCUGUGUCGGACGUUCCGGAGAACUCGAUCACUGGUCACUUUUCCAGGAGUCCCCCCACUGCCCUCCAGUCCCCAGAACCACAGCACUCCCUCAUCAAUUCCACUGUGGACACUCGCAGCGGUGAGAUGGCGGUGCCGCCAAUGUCAGGCUACCCUCUCAGCCCACCUCCUUCGUCCCCCCCGCCAGGGAAGCAUGUCACCCAGGGUGGCAACCACCAGAGGAACUACGACAAGCCUCUUCAGUGGUACCACCAGUGCCCCAAGUGUGCCCGAGUCUUCCGCCAGCUGGAGAACUACGCCAACCACCUGAAGAUGCACAAGCUGUUCAUGUGCCUCCUGUGCGGCAAAACCUUCACACAGAAGGGCAACCUCCACCGGCACAUGCGCGUCCACGCCGGCAUCAAGCCCUUUCAAUGUAAAAUCUGUGGUAAGACCUUUACCCAGAAAUGUUCCCUGCUGGACCACCUAAACCUGCAUAGCGGGGACAAGCCUCACCGCUGUAACUAUUGUGACAUGGUUUUUGCACACAAGCCUGUCCUCCGCAAGCAUCUCAAACAGAUCCAUGGUAAGAACAGCUUUGACAAUGCCAACGAGCGCAACCUGCACGAUGGGGGGCUUGACUUUGAGUAUAACCGAAUAUGAGACCAGUGGACCUUACUUUUGGAGCUGUUUGAUGCAUUAGAUGCGGUUAAAUCCUGAUAAAUGACUCAUUGUAGAAACUUUGAUCUUUGUAUCUGACCACCUAUAUUACAGUUCAAGGAAUUGAAAUGGUUAAUCUGCUUUUGCAUAGACCACUGUCAAUGGCACACAAAAAAAAAACAGGCAGCAAAAACAUAAUGGUGCCUAAGGAGAUGAGCAGGUGAAUAUGAACGUUCACCACAAUGAACAGUCAAGUGGGACAAUUUCAGCCUCAUGCUGGCUGGGUAAAGUAGAGGAAAAAGGGCAUGUGAAAAAGCCGUCUUCCCGGUUCAAGUUUGAUUGUAGAUUUAUUAUUGUGGACCAUUGCUUAAUAAUUUUAUUGUCUUAUAAUUUCAACUACAAUUUCAAAUGCCUUUAUUUCAUACUUGAAAUCAAAGAAGGUUGAAUCAGUCCAUCUGGAUAUGUUUAUUUACAGAUAUGUUUCAUCACUCAGCUAUGUAACAUCUUCAGUCUCAACUGACUGCAGGUAGCCCCACCCCUUAUAAACAAUACAGUUGCAUAACAACCGAAAUCAGUGACCAAUUUCAUAUGGAAAUAUGGUUGUUCCCAUUAACUCGAGUUUCAAUAGCUAUGUGUACUAUUCAUAGAGGAUUAGGGAAUGUUGCAAUCACAGCACUGUAAGAUGGCAACGGAUGUAGUCUUAGGCCCCCUCCUCGGUUCAGGGAUGGUCGUUCCCUCUUAACAUUACUGAGCAUGUAUCAAGGCAUUUCAUACUUGAAAGUUCAGCACUGAAACAAAUUGUCACUGUAUAGUGAGGUAUGUUGGUUGAUUUUAUGAUAACAAAUUAGCAUAUGUUCUUGUAUACUUUGUCAAAUGAGAGGUCUUCGGAAAAUAGAAAAUGUUCCGUGGUGUAUAACUAUAGUACUAUCGGACCAAAGUGAUGAUCUGUCUGUCCGUUGUUUAUAGAAGCCAGUGCCUGUUCUUAAA